CAACCAGAGCGGCUCUCACCAUGGCUGAAGAGGAAGUUGCUGCCCCGACGGAGAAAGUUAUACGGAUCCAGAGGGUGUUUAUAAACCUGCUGGACUCAUACAGCAGCGGAAACAUCGGGAAGUUUCUUUCCAACUGUGUCGUCGGGGCUUCACUGGAAGAAAUUACCGAAGAGGAGGAAGAGGAAGAGGAAAAUAAAUCGGCGAUGCCGGAAGCCUCCUCCACCAAACUGAAGGAAGGCACGUUUCAGAUCGUGGGCACGCUUUCCACGCCUGAAACCCCCCAGCCCGACUUUGCAGUGGAGACGUACCGUGCCAUCUCUCGAGAGGACCUUCUCAUGCACCUGCUGGAGUGCGACGUUAUCAUCUAUAACAUUACCGAGAACCCGCAGCAAGUGGAGGAAGCCAUCUGGGCAGUCUCCGCCCUGAACGAAGAAAUCAACCAUUUCGAAAAGCGGAAGGUGUUUAUUUUGGUGUCCACGGUGAUGACCUGGGCGCGGUCCAAGCCCCUGGACCCGGAUGAUUCAGAGGUUCCAUUUACUGAAGAGGAUUAUCGAAGAAGAAAGCACCACCCUAAUUUUCUGGACCACAUAAACGCUGAAAAAAUGGUUCUCAAGUGUGGGAAAAACGUCAAAAAAUUCGCCACUUAUGUGGUUGCUGCUGGACUUCAGUACGGAAUGGAAGGAGGCAUCUUACAUACUUUUUUUAAGAUGGCUUGGUUGGGUGAGGUCCCCGCGUUACCAGUUUUUGGAGAUGGAACAAAUGUGGUUCCAGCAAUUCAUGUUCUUGAUCUAGCAGGAGUGAUUCAAAACAUAAUAGACCACGUGCCAAAGCUGCACUACCUGGUUGCCGUGGACGAGUCCAUUCAUACUCUGGAAGACUUGGUCAAGUGCAUCAGUAGAAGUACCGGCCCUGGGAAAGUCCAGAAAGUACCCAGAGAAAAUGCUUUCCUAACCAAGGACUUAACACAAGAGUGUAUUGACCAUUUACUGGUCAACUUGAGAAUGGAAGCGCUCUUUGUGAAGGAGAAUUUUAACAUUCGAUGGGUCGCCCGAGCGGGAUUCGUGGAGAACAUCAACAGUGUCCUCAAAGAGUAUAAGCAAAGCAGACGAUUACUGCCGAUCAAAAUUUGCAUCCUCGGCCCUCCUGCUGUGGGGAAGUCCAGCAUUGGUGAAGCGCUGUCCAAACACUACAAACUGCAUCACAUUAAACUGAGGGACGUCGUUUCCGAGGCCAUAGCCAAACUGGAGGCAAUCGUCACACCUAAAGACGUAGGGGAAGGAGAAGAAGAAGAUGAAGAGGAGGAAGAGGAGGAGAACGUGGAGGAUGCUCAGGAGCUCUUAGAUGGCAUCAAGGAAAGCAUGGACCAGAAUGCAGGCCGACUGGAAGAUCAAUAUAUAAUUAGAUUUAUAAAAGAAAAGCUAAAAUCCAUGCCUUGCAGGAAUCAAGGCUACAUUUUGGAUGGAUUCCCAAAGACCUAUGAUCAAGCCAAAGAGUUGUUCAACCAAGAAGAUGAGGAGGAGGAGGAGGAGGAACUCAGAGGCAAAAUGCUUCCCUUUGAUAAAUUAAUCAUACCUGAAUUUGUUUGUUCGCUGGAUGCCUCGGAUGAGUUCCUGAAGGAGCGGGUGAUAAAUCUGCCCGAGAGCAUCGUGGCGGGGACCCACUACAACCAGGACCAGUUCCUCCGGGCUCUGAGCAACUACCGGGCCAUCAAUACCGAAGAUGAGACUGUCUUAAACUAUUUUGAUGAACUUGAAAUCCACCCAAUACAUAUUGAUGUGGAAAGACUUGAAGAUGCUCAGAACAGACUUGCCAUCAAACUGCUCGUCAAAGAGAUUGGGGAGCCUCGAAAUUACGGUUUAACGGAUGAAGAAAAGGCAGAAGAGGAGCGGAGGGCUGCGGAGGAGCGCCUGGCCAGGGAGGCGAUGGAGGAGGCCGAGCGAGAGCACAAGGAGGCCAUGGAGACAGCAGAGAAGAUUGCUCGCUGGGAGGAGUGGAAUAAACGACUAGAGGAAGUGAAAAGAGAAGAAAGAGAAUUUCUGGAGGCCCAGUCCCUUCCGUUGAGGAACUAUUUAAUGACCUACGUGAUGCCAACACUCAUGCAGGGCCUCAACGAGUGCUGUAAGAUCAGACCCGAUGAUCCCGUGGAUUUUCUGGCAGAGUAUCUCUUCAAGAACAACCCUGAAAUGCUGUGAAACUUUAAAUAUCUCAUGUCACAUACCUUUACAGAGCUGGAGAUGAGUUUAACAUUGUAACUGGAAAACCUGCUUUAAACAAAUGCUUUUCUAGUUAAUGGAAAUUUUUUUUUUUUUUCAUUUCCUGCAAACAAAUAUUUUAUUAGGUAGAAUCAUUAUAAAAAACUCUAUGGCAAUGAGUCACUACUUCAUUAAAACCAUAUUUGGAAAGUAAAUUGAUAAGAUAUCUGUGCAUAGCUCUUGGGACAAAUAUUGAUUUCAUAUUUCAUUCUCAGUCUGAGUAUUCUGCACACUAAUGUUUAUAGUGAUUUAAGUAUGAAGAAAAUCAGACUAUAUAUUAUUCUAACAAGUAGGCUAAUGAAUUUAUGUGCCUUGUUAUGGCCCCAGUACCAAUGGUGUUAGAAAUGGAAAUAAAUUAGGACAGCUUCUGCUUUUUGAGUCACAGUAAGUCAGACAUGAUUGGUUUCUACAAGGUUGCUUUUUGAGUUCAAGAUCAGCAUCUCAACCUGUGAGUUAGAGAGAAUUAUAAACUUCUUGGUAGAAAAAUUCAUGUAAUAGGAUGAAUAAUUUUCAAUAUUUGUUAUAAUUAGAAAGUUGCCAAAUAUUUUCAACAAACUAACUUUACAAUAGUAAUUAAGUAAUCAAUACUUAUGGUCUUUUCCAGCCCUAAAAAUCCCCUAAUUCCCAGAAUUAUACUAUAUGAAAAUUAGGUUUAUUUUAAUAGCAUAUAUAUUUCAUCUCUUAAAAUAAUGUAAUCUGAAUAUAACUGCAUUAUUUUUUGUGUGGCAAAAUACACACAGAAUAAAUUUACCAUUGCAACCCUUUUUGCAAACACUAA